AUGUCUCGCCAAAGUACGCGCCUCGAUACGAAGAAAGUGAAUUCAGAGCUACUGACCCUGACGUACGGAGCACUGGUGUCCCAGAUGCUACGUGAUUUUGAGAACGUCGAAGAUGUUAACAAGCAGCUCGAUCGGAUCGGUUUCAAUAUGGGCAUGCGGUUGAUAGAGGACUUCCUUUCGCGCACCGGAUCGGGCCGAUGUUUGGAUAUGCGCGAAACAGCUGACAAAAUACAGCUCGCCUUCCGGAUGUAUCUGAACGUGCAGCCGACCAUCUCGAACUGGGCUGCGUCAGCGGAUGAGUUUUCACUCAUAUUCGAUACGAACCCGCUGACGGAGUUCGUUGAGCUGCCUGCGGACUAUCAACAGCUUCGGUACAGCUCCAUCCUUUGCGGAUGCAUACGCGGUGCGUUGGAGAUGGUACAGCUCGAGGUGCAGUGCUGGUUCAGCCAGGACCAGUUGAAGGGUGACGCUACGACCGAGAUUCGGGUGAAGUUUGUACGGCGACUGGAAGAUGCGGUGCCGGCCGGCGAAGAUUAA